AUGGCCGACCUCAACCUCAACGAAAUCCACGACUUCAUGAUCUCCAUCGCCAAAAAAGCAGGCGAACGCAUCGUCGCCGCCAAACCUACAACCUCAGAGUCUGGCUCAAAGAAGAAUUCUGUCGACCUAGUAACCGAAACCGACCGCGCAGUCGAAUCCCUCAUCUCCACCUCCCUACGCACCACGUACCCCAGCAUCUCCUUCAUGGGCGAAGAAACCUACAAACCAGGCGACGUGCUGACUGCCGCCCCGACAUUCAUCUGCGACCCCAUCGACGGCACCACGAACUUUGUGCACCAUUACCCUUACGUCUGCAUCUCUUUGGGACUCGCCGUAAACCGCAAGCCCGUUGUCGGCGUCGUGUACAAUCCUUUUACGCAAACGCUUUACUCGGCAGUGAAGGGCCAGGGCGCGUGGCUGAACCGAACGACGAGACUGCCACUAGGGGGCGAACCGCAGGCGUUGGGGGGAUUGGAUAAGUGUCUGGUGGCGGUGGAGUGGGGGAGUGAUAGGAGUGGGAAUGAUUUCAGGGUUAAGAGUGAGACGUUUAAGCGGUUGGCGGCGACCAAGGAGAAUGGGGGUGGCAUGGUGCAUGGGUUGAGGUCGUUUGGGUCUGCGGCCCUGAAUCUGUGUGGUGUGGCUAGUGGCGGGCUCGAUGUGUACUGGGAGGCUGGGUGUUGGGCGUGGGAUGUGUGUGCUGGAUGGGUUAUCCUGAAAGAGGCUGGGGGGAUAAUGGUGGAUGCUAAUCCGGGGAAUUGGGAGCCCAAGGUUGAGGGGCAGAGGUAUUUGGCGGUUCGAGGUGGGGAGGGGCAGAGGGAGAUUGUGGAGCAGUUUUGGAGUUUGGUGGAUGGGGCGUUUGAGGUUGGGUUGUAG